GGCUGGUGAGGUGGUUCCAGAUUCUCGCGCACAAAAAAAAACAAACAAUAGCAUUUAAGCUCAUCAAUCAUUUAGCAAUCCCAUAAGAAGAACAGUCAAUAAUACACUUAAGAAUGCAAAUACGACAGUUAUAAGCUAUUACAGCACAACAGGCGACGAGCUGGAUAUAAGAUCGCCACUGCUCAGCCGAAAUGGGGAAGGAUCAACAUUUAUUGGAAGCGGCUCGCAAAGGCGACAUCAAAAUCGUUGGCAAGCUGCUGGAACUAACGGCUAAGCGACAUGGACCUUUGUCCAGCUUCCGUCGCAGUCCCAACAUCAAUUGCCAAGAUGUCAACGGUUACACUGCCCUCCAUCACGCCUGUCUUAAUGGACACAGCAGCAUUGUGCGUCUUUUGCUCUCGCAUAAUGCUCAGAUCGAUGUGCCCGAUAUUAGAGGAUCGACGCCGCUGUUUCUCGCCUCCUGGGCGGGUCACCAGGAGAUUGUGAAGAUGCUGCUCUUUAACUCACCGAUGCCAGCGAAUCCCAAUGCGCAGACCAUUGAGAACGAGACGCCGCUGCACUCGGGUGCACAGCAUGGACACAACACCGUUGUGGCUAUUCUGUUGUCCUUUGGCGCUGAUCCGAAUAUACGCAACAAUAGCUUUCAAACCGCUUUGGAUCUCGCUGCCCAAUUUGGUCGCUUGCAAGUGGUGCAAACAUUGCUGCGUGUCGAUCCUGAUCUGAUAGCGCAUUAUCGUCGCUUCAACGAGGAGGAUAUGGCCGAGUUGCUUGGCUAUUCGUCGCAGUUUGCUGUCACGCCCACUAAGCACAUAUUUACACACUCUUGCCUGCAUUUGGCCAGUCGCAAUGGGCACAAGAAGGUGGUGGAAACGCUGCUCAAUGCUGGCGUCGAUGUCAACAUUCUGACGCAUGCGGGCAGCGCGUUGCAUGAGGCAGCGCUGUGUGGCAAGAAGUCGGUGGUGGUGACGCUGCUCAAAGCUGGCAUCGACAUCAAUGCACAGGAUGGCAACGGACGCACAGCACUCGAAAUAUUGGGUGACUAUCCGCCGCAUGUCACCUACGAAAUUGUUGCGGUCAUCAACGAAUUUAAGCAGUUGGCGGAGGCGCAGCUGGUCAAUAAACUGUCGUUGGAUGGGGAAGAGCAUAGCACGCACUCGUUGCCGAAGCGUUUGUUCGAAAAGAACGCUCAAAGGCAGAAGCAAACGAAGCUAAAUGAUCCAUUGAAGCUGAGGAAAAAGCUCGAUCCACAAAUCGGACUCUCGCACUCUUUAAGCUCGCUGGACAUCAAACCGCCGGCGAACUAUCUGGAAAUGAAGCCGAUCAAGUAUCAAAAGUCUGUCAACGAUAUGGAUGCCAUACACAGCAGCCAAGAGCUGUGGACCAGCUACAAACCCGUCUACAAGCAGCCCUAUCAUAGCGCCUUGCUGCAGACGGCCAACAACUUUUCCAACGGCUCGAUUCCAUCGCGAUCGUAUGAGUAUAUCAAUAUGAUGAAGGGCAACUCGAGCAGCGAGGAACCAGCGAGUAUCCACAGCAGCUCUGCACGCUUGCACAGACCGAUCACGCAGUACGUGGAAAUGACGCUGCAAUCUCCGGUGCCGAUGCCACGCCAUCGAGCCAACACCAAUGAUUGUGACUAUGUCAAUCUGAAGCCGCGGGCGACGCCAAUGGACUGUGACACGCCCACCAAUCACAUUGAUAGCAACAAUAACAUGAAAAUCAAUCGCCAUUCGCCCACGCCCGAUUAUCCGCCGCCCACAGUCAUCGAAGCGGAAGCCACAAUCUUCAAUUACAUGCAGCCGGUGUCGCCACGCUUGCCCAGCGAUUCCAACUCGAACUCAUUUUGCUCUUCAGACCAUCAGGUUGAGGAGUUUGUGGGCGAUAUACCAUUUGCGGGUCUCUUUAAAGGAUCCACUUUGAAUUUGGCUCCCGAUGUGGUCGAUGGACGUGGAGUCUCGGUGCCCCGCGAAGGUUUGCGUUCGCCCAGCAUGGUGCGUUCGGUGAAUGCACUCAAUAACCAGCGACGCAGCCUGUCCAAGCAGCGUUAUUCCGCAACUGGAGAGGAUUUCAGCGCUUCACGUGUUUGGGCCGAGAUCGACACAAUUUUCGAGCACAUUGGCAAUGAGGUAUCGACUGUGGAACAGCAGCGAGAGUCUAGCGAGGAGCCCAAUUCAGUGGCAGAGUUGUCCAAUGGUGGCAAAGCGGAAGCGGAAGCUGAUCCUCGCCAGUCGCUGCACAUACGCAAUCCUGCCGAUCUGUUGCUGGGCAAAUCGCCGAGUCCUGCUUCGCAUUGGUGUCAUUCGCCUUACACGUUGGUCUAUGGCGAAAUACGUUAUUCGGUCUUUUAUCUGGGAUCGACAGUCAUCCGACAUUUGCAGGGCACAAUUUCAGCGCGCAAGUCGAUACAGAAGCUCAAGAUCGAUGAGAAUCUAAAGCCGGGCUCUAGUGUCAGCGAUAUUACUCUGCUAGAGAACUGCACCACGUCCACAAAGUAUCUCAAGGCUGCCAAUCUGCAGACGCGUCUGAAAGUGGACAUUGCUGCUUCCUGCCUGGGCGUCAAGUUUAUAGAUCACGACUCAAAGACUGCCAUCUGUUCGCACGAUAUUGAGAAUAUCAAUUGUGUCUGCCAGGAUGCCGAGGACAUGCGCUAUUUUGCCUAUAUCACCAAAGAGCAGGAUCUGCAUUAUUGCCAUGUCUUUAUGGUCGACAAUUUGGAAUUGGCCAAUGAGAUAAUUCUGACGUUAGGACAAGCUUUUGAGGUGGCCUAUCAACUGGCUUUAAACAGACAGAGCUCAACCUCGGUGCCGAAUGAUGAGUGCUAAUUUCAUGUGCCACAAACAAAUACAUGAUGCCAUUAAUUCAUAUUUUCAUUUGAAUGUAUAUUUGACUUACUAGUCUUUGAUGCCAUUGUCAUUUAUCUAUCAUUAUUUCAAAUGAGUUAGCAUUUUGUAUAGUAUUGUUUUUUCAAAUUUGAAUUUUUCAAUAAAUCGAAAAAAACUAUUGAACGGUAACUGAUUUUUCGAUAUCAAUUUGUC